GCCGUCGUCGCCGAGCCACUGGUUGAUCGCGUCGGCAGCAGCAUGUUGCUCCGCGCCGCGGCCCGGGCGGCCCCGAGGCGGCCGUUGGUCCGCACGUUCGCGACGGAGAAGGAGAUCGCGAUGCGCAUCGCCGCGACCAAGAACAUCGUCAAGAUCACGUCGUCGAUGAAGAUGGUCGCCGCCGCGAAGCUCCGCGGCGAGCAGAACCGGCUCGCGGCCGCGACGAAGUUCGGCUCGUGGACGUCCGUGCUCGAGGGGAAGAAGUCGACCUUCGAGGACCUCGAGGACGUGUCCUACUUCCCGGACCACAGCGUCGUCGUCGCGUUGACGUCCGACAAGGGCCUCUGCGGCGGCGUGCACUCCGCGGUCGCGCGCGGCAUCCGCGGCCUGACGGCGAAGCUCUCCGCGGAGAACAAGACGAUCUCCGUCCUCGCCGUCGGCGAGAAGGGCCGGAGCCAGCUCCGCCGCAUGGUCGGCGACAGCCUGUCCAUGGCCGUCGUCGACAUCCCGCCGCCGUACAACUUCAACUACGCGUCCAUGGUCGCGGAGACGGCGCUCGAGCUCGACGCGGACAAGGCCGGCGCCAUCCAGGUCGUCUACAACGAGUUCGUCUCCGCCAUCGCGUACAACCCGACGAUCAAGUCCAUCGAGCCUUUCGUCUACGAGGGCGACGACGUCACGCUCACGAACUACGACGCCGAGGACACGGUCCUCAAGGGCCUCUACGAGUACUACGUCGCCACGGAGAUCUUCUACGGCAUGAUGCAGGGCGCCACGUCCGAGCAGUCCUCGCGCAUGCAGGCCAUGGAGAACGCGACGAAGAACGGCGGCGAGCUCAUCGACAAGCUCGUCCUCAUCUACAACCGCGCGCGCCAGGCGCGCAUCACGACGGAGCUCAUCGAGAUCAUCUCCGGCGCCGCGGCCCUCGAGUAGGCGCGCCCCGGAUCGCCGCCGGGGCCCAAACCAAGUCACCGCCCCGCGCGACCGCCCCGCUCUCCUAAGAGACUCCGUGUU